CCCACUCACGAGCGGUCCCCUCGCACUUCUCCAUCCCCGCGCCGUCUCCUGUGUUUUCUUGUGAAGCUGCAGAGUGUUCCGUACCUCUCAGGUGUAAGGUUGGAUGUACAGUUUUGAGGAAGACUUGAGGCUAUUUCACACGGACUCUCCUGGAUUUUAAGGUUAAGGAUCUCCGAUGCCAUGCGACCCACCUCCUCUCCUCAGUGAGACAGCCCAUACCUAAACCUCUAGGACCCCAAAGGACAGGAGAGAGAUGUGAAGCCAGCUCUGGGCUCAUGCUAUAAGGCCCGAGAGAGAGACCCAGAGACCCAGACUCUGAGAGUUGUGGGUACACAGCAUUAUCUAAUGGAUGGCAGAGUGACUAAGUGAAGGAAGGAACUCAGAACAGAACUGACGUGAGGUCAUAAUGAGUGGUCAGCAAGGCGAGCCGGCCAUUGGCCACAGCCAUGUUGGUGAGGUCAGGAACGACAACCAGAACAGCCAUGUUGGUGAGGUCGAGAGCAACAACCAGAACCAGCAGGCCGGGGGAGGGGGAGUGGGAGCGGUGAUACCCGAUGGGGAUGCUAAUGCUAACCAGAUGAUCCAGAUGGGGGAGGGGGGCAGCGACGGCGGAGGGGAGAGUACAGGAGGAGAUGUUGACACUCUGCCCCCCCUGAUGUCUCAGACCACUGUGGUGUCUCAGACAGUCACAGAGGAGCAGAAGAACAAGAUCGUCAUCUGGGGGACAGACUCUCAGUGUGACGACCCUGAGCUGGCCGAGUUUGAGAUGUUAGAAUGUCAGGAGCUGGAAGCAUACCUGGUAGAAGAAGAGGAAGAGGAGGAGGAGGAGGUGGUAUGUGUAGGAGUAGGAGUGAAAGGAGGUGCACGGCAGAUCCUCCUGGACCAGCCUGUCUCCGUAGUGGAUCUAGUCUCUGACAGUAGAGAGGGAGGAGGGAGGAGGACUAUUCAACGGGGCUCCGGCGGGCAGGACGCCGCCACCAUGGACUCUGGAGGAACCAGAGGGAUGGCGGAGUAUGUGACGAGGGCAGAGUUCAGCUCUGAGAAACAUGUCUUGGUGUCCCGCCUGUCCACUAUGUUCAGUCCGGAUGGGAGUCUGGUCAGUGCUCUGGACGCCGCUGGACAGACACAGGCCACCACCACAGACUCCUGGCACGUCCCCUCUGGACCCUCAGGACCAGACGGGACCAUCUUAGAGGAUCUCACCCUGGCCUCCCAGUCUUGUACCACCAUCUCAGACCAGUCCAAGGCCUCUCAGCCAUCCAAACAACCUCAGGCUCCAUCUAAAAGCACAAUACAACGAGCUGACCUCGAUCUAAACCAGAACACAACUGUUAGGUCUGAGGAGGUUGUCGUUCCGGAAGCACAAGUCAGUAACAACGUCCUAGUGGGUCGUUGUAAAUGUCAGCAGAACAUGGAGGAAGAUCAGGGCAAUGAAAAGCACAAUCAGAAUCUGGAGCAGAGGUACCAGGAUGUUAGAGGCAGUGAAGGGAAGGCAGUUGAGGAACACCAAGAUGCUAGAGGUAGUGGGAGGAAGGCAGCUGAGGAACACCAAGAUGCUAGAGGUAGUGGGAGGAAGGCAGCUGAGGAACACCAAGAUGCUAGAGGUAGUGGGGGGAAGGCAGCUGAGGAACACCAAGAUGCUAGAGGUAGUGGGGGGAAGGCAGUUGAGGAACACCAAGAUGCUAGAGGUAGUGGGGGGAAGGCAGCUGAGGAACACCAAGAUGCUAGAGGCAGUGGGAGGAAAGCAGCUGAGGAACACCAAGAUGCUAGAGGUAGUGGGGGGAAGGCAGCUGAGGAACACCAAGAUGCUAGAGGUAGUGGGGGGAAGGCAGCUGAGGAAGACCAAGAUGCUAGAGGUAGUGGGAGGAAAGCAGCUGAGGAACACCAAGAUGCUAGAGGUAGUGGGGGGAAGGCAGCUGAGGACCACAAGGUUAUUCCCCCUGAUAUGAACCCUAACUCACCCGCCAAGUUAGGCACAAAUGCGAUUCAAUCUGUUGAAACCAGAAGCUUGAAGAAGCUCGGCUCUUUUGAUAAAACCUCACAGGAACAAGGCUCCUUGGGGCAAAGCAUGAAGAAAACGACUUCGUUUGAACAAAGCAUAAAGAAAACAACCGUGUUUGAAAAUACCACAAAGAAGUCGGCCUCAUUUGAUCGAAGUUUGAAGAAAGAACCUUUCUUAGAUAGAACGUUGAUGAAAGAGGCAUCCUUCGACAGAACGUUGAGGAAGCAGGGCUCGUUUGAACGCAGCUCCAGUCCUUCUAGCCUGGAUGGGAGGAAGCCUUGGGGUAGCCCAAGCAGGAGCCCCAGCCGCCCCGCCACCCCUCCCUGGUCCCCCAGGAGACAAGCCCCCUCUUCCCCUGCCAAGACCAGCUCCAGACCUCCCUCCUCCACCUCUCCAGCCAAGGCCAGCAACCAAGCCUCCAGCCAGGACCGCAGCGACUCCCCACAGAGGGUUACCACCAGUGGCCUCAAAGCACCUAGUAAGGUAUGUGUAAUCAGCAGCAUCCCCAAACCCAUCUCCCCUCAGCCACCUGCGGACCCUAGGAGGGCCUCUCCUCACACACCCAAACCCAUCUCCCCUCAGCCACCUGCGGACCCUAGGAGGGCCUCUCCUCACAAACCCAAACCCGCCCGUCCAAAGAUCAUCACGUACGUCCGUAAGAACCCCCAGGUGAAGUCCCAGGGGACGGAGGUUGACCCAAAUGAAGCCUUGACACUCCCUCUCCGCCUGUCCUCUCCCCACCCCAGCCCUCCUACAGCCCACAGGAAGCCCCACAAGACAGGGCCCCAUUCUAAGGCCUCACAGGUGCUCUGCUCCUCUAAUAUACUCUUUGAUAAGUACCGGCAGGAGAUGCAGAAGGCAGGAUACUUUCCCCCGGGUACCGGCAUGACGUCGCUGGGCAUCAAACCUCCCAGCCACCCUCCUCCUCACAACCUCUCUAUGAACUCUGAGAGCUUUCACGGGGAACUGCCUGACAGAUACAUGCAUGAGUUGGCUCCAGCACCUUCACAGCUGGCUCCCCAGGAGGGGACAGGCCUCUACCGUUCCCCCAGGCCCAGAGGGCCCCAGCUAGGGUUAGGGGCCGUCACCCGGCAGCCUGCUGCAGCCAAGAACAGGACUAUGUUCCAGGGCCAGACCGGUCAGAGGUCAGGGGUCGUGACCCUCAGCCAUCCAGGACAGCAACAGGCACCGCCAGGGAACAACCAGGGAAACCACGACUCCACAGCAGACCAGAGGACGCCAGGUCCAGAGACCACUGUGGCCAGGACCCUGCUGCCUAAACCGGGUCAGUCUCGUCUGCGACCCCCAGGCUUCUCGGCCUUGCCACCUGCCCGUCUGGUCGCCUUCGGCUUUGUACGCAGCUCCAGUGUCUCCUCGGUUUCCAUCAACCAAAUGACAGUGAGCAACCACAGCGACCCCUGCCGACCCUCCCAACGUCCAAGCAGUGGUAGUGAUGACAUCCCCCUUCACCUGUCCCCUGUACCCCCCAGCCAGAGCAGCCCCCAGCCCCCCAACGCCCCUGCUCUCCACCGCCGCUCCGUGCUGCCCCCGGCCCGGAUCUCUCCCACAGGUAAGCUCUACCCCCCACCAAGUCCUCCACCCAUCCUGUGUGUGUAA